GCAGCUUGGGGGGUGUGGAGGGCCACCCACAUUCCCUAUAAAUUGGGACCUCAAAACCCUUACUUCCUCGAACCGCUUGAGGAGGAAACCACAAAAACCCAUUCUUUUCCUCUACUCAAGCAACUCUCUCCCCCUUAUCUCUCUCUCGAUUCCCAGAUUGUAAGAUAUGGAGACCUUCUUGUUCACAUCCGAAUCAGUCAAUGAGGGUCACCCAGACAAGCUCUGUGACCAGAUCUCCGAUGCAGUGCUCGAUGCCUGCCUCACACAAGACCCCGACAGCAAGGUCGCCUGCGAGACCUGCACCAAGACCAACAUGGUCAUGGUCUUCGGAGAAAUCACCACCAAGGCCAAUGUGGACUAUGAGAAGAUCGUUCGUGACACAUGCCGGACAAUUGGUUUCGUAUCAGACGAUGUGGGUCUUGAUGCCGACAACUGCAAGGUUCUUGUGAACAUUGAGCAGCAGAGUCCUGACAUUGCUCAAGGUGUCCAUGGUCAUUUCUCCAAGAGGCCUGAGGAAAUUGGUGCUGGUGACCAAGGCCACAUGUUUGGGUAUGCUACUGAUGAGACCCCCGAGCUCAUGCCACUCACCCACGUCCUUGCAACCAAGCUUGGUGCCAAGCUCACUGAGGUUCGCAAGAACGGCACUUGUGCCUGGUUGAGGCCUGAUGGCAAGACCCAAGUCACUAUUGAGUAUUUCAAUGACAAGGGUGCCAUGGUCCCAAUUCGCGUCCACACCGUCCUGAUUUCAACCCAGCACGAUGAGACCGUGACAAACGAUGAGAUUGCCGCUGAUCUCAAGGAGCAUGUUAUCAAGCCUGUGAUCCCAGAGAAGUACCUUGAUGAGAAGACCAUCUUCCAUCUCAACCCAUCUGGCAGAUUUGUGAUUGGGGGCCCUCAUGGUGACGCUGGUCUCACCGGCCGCAAGAUCAUCAUCGACACCUAUGGAGGAUGGGGUGCUCACGGAGGUGGUGCCUUCUCAGGCAAGGACCCAACCAAGGUGGACAGGAGUGGUGCCUACAUUGUGAGGCAGGCUGCAAAGUCCAUUGUGGCCAAUGGACUUGCAAGGAGGUGCAUUGUGCAGGUUUCCUAUGCCAUCGGUGUGCCCGAGCCUUUGUCAGUGUUUGUUGAUUCUUAUGGCACCGGAAAGAUCCCUGACAAGGAGAUCCUCAAGAUUGUGAAGGAGACAUUCGAUUUCAGGCCAGGCAUGAUCUCCAUCAACCUGGACCUCAAGAGGGGUGGCAAUGGAAGGUUUUUGAAGACCGCCGCCUACGGACACUUCGGGAGGGAUGACCCCGACUUCACCUGGGAGGUUGUCAAGCCACUCAAGUGGGACAAGCCCCAAGCUUAAAGCUUUAAUGGCGGCUCUUCAGUCUUCACCCCUUCGAAUCAAAACAUUGAAUUGAAUUAAGCCUCUGCUGCUCUCGCUCUCUCUCUCUCUCUCUAUACAGGCAUUGCGCCAUUUGGGUUUUCUUUUAUUAGUAUUUUUAUAUUUUCGUGUUCUUUGAAGAAUGUGUCAUUAGUAGUUUAUGAUUAUGAGGGGUUAACGGGGGUGUCAAAAAAAACAUAUGGAAAGUUGUGGGGGGUUUUUUUUCAAGGUUGUUUUGCUACCUCUGCUCGCAGAGAUUAAUAAGAUUUGACAGACACAGAGGUGGUUUUGCGGUGGAGUAGCAACUAUGUUCAUUUGUUGUUGUGCACAUUGGCAAGUUGCAUUUCUAAUACAAUUGAUGUGUUUUUUCUCA